GGCCACGCCAGUCAACUAUCCAUCUCAGACCCGAGCCAUCACGUCACCGAAGCGAUCGGCACCAUGUACGGCGACGACGAAGAUUCUGGCGCCGAGGACAACCGGCCACUUAGCUUUAUCGCGUCCAAGAGUUCCAGCGAGCAGUUGGGCAAGGCCCCCAGGCCGGACGACCCGGCCGACGACAGACUACGACUGGUGCGCACCACCUCGGACCAGACGAGCACCGUGACCGCUCCGAGUAAUGCCAGUCCCAACGGCAACCCCCUUCGAAAAACCCAGACAGUUCCGUCCCGCAUCCCCACAGAACGAAGCAACUCGCAUGAUGGCGUUCGAUCCCCCCUGUCGCCAUUGUCCCCGACGCCCUCCCUCCGCGAUGUCCAGGCCGACGACUCUGGAUUUCCCCUGACCAACAUCGACAAUGCCAAUGACAUUGCACAGGAGCUCAGCAACCUUCAGGCGCUGCGACGCAUGUCUAUGGAUGUGUCCAACACACACGACCCCGAUCUCCUGCCCUUUUCUGGCGUGUCUUUGAUGGCCAUGCCGUCAAUAGCCCCCACCGGCGAUGACGACGAAGCAGAUCCAAGCCGGUUGCUAUGGGUGCCAGCACGAGUACACCCCGAACUCGACACCGGUGCUUUCAAGACGUUCCUUGAAAAUCGGGUGCAAACGAUGAAGCGGAGGUCGGGAGACUCGUUUCUCUCGGUUGAUGGGGCACAAGUCGGUGGUGGUUCGGGAAGCCUGAGACGGAAGAAGUCGAUGCUGUCGAGACAGGUCAACACUCAUACUGAAAACGGAGACAGUUAUACCGACGGUGCCGAACGGCUUCGACGAAAUGGCUCCCUCCCAGACUACUCAACUCCCGAGCUCAGUCUCAACGAACUCGUCAACGACCCAACAAGCGUGGUGCAGAAGCUGGCGCACGAGACCAGAGGGGAGGAUGGUGGGGCAGAUAGUCCGAUCCUGCCUGUGGCGCCAGGCAUGGGGCUUCGGCGGUCAACCAAGACGACUUAUAGAAAGGGCGGCAGUCAGCGGUUUGCAAAGAAGCUUGGGGAGAAACAGGUGGCCAGCAAGAUGUCUUCUGAGGAAUCGCCACCGCUUCCUCCGGUGGACCCAUCCAUUGGCAAGCCCUUGACGCGGGUCAUGUCGGAGCCAAUCGCCGAGAAUUACUCGAGGCCAACGCGGACUGUCAGAAGACAACAGAACUUCUCGCGCGAUGGCUUGGACUCUGUUGCCGGUUCUGCUCAGGAGGGUGAAACGACAGCCGCCUCGCCUCCCUCGUCGCCCCCCCGCAAAGAGUCAUUACCGGUCAGGGCAGCCUCAGCAGCAGCACGGACUGCUACCGCGCCAGCCAUUCCUCAGAUUGUCGAGACGCCGCCGGUCGAAGAAGCCAGCUCAUCACCGGAGAGAUCGACGUCCCAGAAGGAGACGCAAAAAGACCAGGCUCAUCAGCCUCCUGCUGAUGGCCCUCCGGCUCGCUCCAGCAAACGGCCAUCACCCAGCAAACCUGCCCAGUCGGCUGCUGGAACGGCCGGGAGCUCGAGCGCUAACCCUCUCGAGAAAAUCAGCCACCCAGAGGCGUUACCUGAUAACAGCAACUCUACCACGAGCAGCUUGACAUUUAUCCCCACAUUUGACAACGUCGAGAAGAAGGCGGAUAGGAAGAGCAAAGAUAAGGAUGAAACCGAGAGCAUAGCAUCGACAAAGUCGACCUCGAGUUGGAAGUGGUUCAAGAGCGGGGAUAAGGAGAAGAAGAAGAAGGAGAAGGAGAAGGAAGAGGAGAGGGAGAGGGAGAGGGAGAGGGAGCGGGAGCGGGAGAGGGAAGAACAGGCUAGGAAGGCCAAGAGCAAAGCUAAUGAGAAGGGCCAUGAUAAUGCUCGUCUUGAUGUUUUGCAGAACUCCAUCGACAACCCCAAGGGCCGCGAGAGCCUCCGGUUGGACCGAGAAAGCAUCGAGGGCUUACCGCAGGACGACAAGAAGAAAGAGACGAUGCGCAAGUCUAGCGACAGCAAGCGAGGAGACGGCUUUUUUGGCGGCCUUUUCGGAGGUUCAAAGAAGAAGUCGGAAAAGGAGGCUGCGCACAAGAAGGAGAAGCAGCGGGCACUUAGUCCAGAGCCACCGGCACGUAUCUUGCGUCCCGACAUCGAUUACCACUGGACGCGGUUCCCCAUCAUCGAAGAGCGUGCCAUUUACCGCAUGGCUCAUAUCAAGCUCGCAAACCCUCGACGUCCCCUCCACAGCCAGGUUCUGCUCAGCAACUUUAUGUAUUCGUACCUCGCAAAGGUGCAGGCUAUGCACCCGCAGCUUAACGUGCCGAUUUCGCCGCAGCAAAAGAGGCAGGAAGAGGAGCGGAAACGUCGCGAAGCGGAGCAACAGGCGUUGGAGCAGCAGAUGGCCGCUCAGCAGGCUGCCCAGGAUGGGAACUUUGACUUUGAGUACCAUCGGUCGGGCAGUCAGUACGGUGAUUCUCCUGUUCAGCAGGGCGAUGACAGCGUCCAAUAUGUGGACGAUUCUCAGAUAUACGAGUACGAGCACGGGGGCCAGCAGCAGCAAUACCAGCAAAACGGCGCCAAUGGCAACGGCCAUGCACAUCAGCACGACCAGAAUUACUACUACGCGCAGGGUGAUGGCAAUGGGAACGAGAGGAACGACAUGUGGUAG